UUUAAUUUGGGUGGCUCGCAGUUCCAUUUGCACUCGGAUUUGUGCUGCGAUUCAUCCGCGUCGUAACUUAAUCAAUUAGCCUGCCAUAGCGAUUAAAAUAACGAGAAGCGAUUCGCCCAUAGCCGAUAACAAAUGCAAUUUGAAUGAUGCUGGCUCUAAGAUAGAGAUGGAAAAUCGAAUGCACAGUGGUAGGGGCCCAACCUCCACUGCAUUUCAAAUCCAAAGGUAAUGCCACUCAUAAAAGCUCGGCACAUCACACGAAUGGAAAGCUUACCGUUACCCAGUAACCGUCACCUUGCCUGGUGAAUAUAUAUUUAGUAUAUCCCUGGAGGUCAGUGAGUCACACUGUGUUCUCACCCCUUAGCACCCCCAACGAAAAUUAGUAUAUUGUAACGAAGAAGUGUGGCUCACGCAUUCAAAAUCGCCACUCAACUGAACUUCACGAGUGCGACAGACCCCAAAAAUCCACAGUAAUUGAGACGACACUAUAUAUAUAUAUGGCAUAUUCAUUUAUGGGAAAUAAAAAAAUAAAUAAAUUUGUCUUAAAGUGCCUAAUCCUGCCCUAUAAACACAGACAGCCAAUCUGCUCCUAAACAUGUGUAAAUUCAUUAAAGUAUCCAAUACACUUAUUGAUCACUCCCGCCCCACUGUGCCAUGUGUUGCUCCUACCCCUCUCUCUCUCUCGCUCUCCCUCUCUCUCUCUCUCGCGCGCGCUCCCAAUUGUUGUUUUAUUCGCCGAGUGUGGCGAUGGGAGAAUUCUGAGUGUUUGCGAGCAGUGUUGUUUGUAUUACUUCAGUGGCAUUCAGUGCGUGCUGGCGAGCGCAAUAUGAAUUAGUCAGCGGCGCUGUGCUAAGUUCGCUAUAUCGGCUGUAUUCCGGGUGUAUUUGCUGGAUUCAGAGGCAUCUUUCCGGCUGGAGAGUCCGGACCCACUGGAAAUCUAUCUGUAUCUGCCACGAUGUCGCUCACGGGAACCCAGGACUACGAUCGCAAGUACCUGCUCAGCAUGCCGGGCCUGUGCAAGCUGGCCUGUUUGCUGUGCAGCUUUGUUGGAAUGCUGUGCAUCAUCUGCGGACCGGUGCGCGUGAGCAACUUCCGCGGCAGCUUCUACCUGGCGGUGGUCUCCAUCGGAUUCGUGGCCACCGGCUGCCUGCUCCUGGCCAGGUACCUCCGCCUGUGGCAGCGCCAGUUCUGCCGCUGCGAUCCCACGCUCUGGUCCCUGGCGGUGCACUCCUCAUUGGCCCUGGCCUACUUCACUGCCUCCGGACUCGUCCUCUCCCUGGACAUUGGCGCCUACACGGCGGCGGCGUUCUUCGGGCUGACUGCAUUCUGCAUUAACGGACUGGAGGCCUAUGGAAACUACAGGCGCAGUCGCCAGCGGGAGGUGGCCACCCAAACGAUUUAGACUUGGCUCGAACCCAGCUUUUGGUGGCUCUUACUACUUUAGGCUUACUGUGUGUGUUUGUGAGAGAGCGAGUAUCUGUGUGCGGACGCGUAUCUGUGAGCGCGUGUGCGUGUGUGUUGUGUGCGAGUUUGAGAGAGCGAAUAUCGCUUGCGUUUGCUGGGAGCAUUUAAGUCUGAAGUUGGAAUUGUGGCAAGCUUUUGUCGCGGGAACAGUUACCGUAUGUGUUAUCUAAUAGUCGCUAGAUAUAGGUCGCGAAGGGAAGAAGAUAAAGCCAGUCGAUCGGAGCAAUAACCUAGAUAUAAUAGCGAGCAGAGGGCGAGAGAAGCUACUAACAAGAGAGCGAAUUCCAAAGAUAUAGUUCUAUUGUGCCUUCUGGCUCUGCUUCUUCCCUUCUUCUGAUAACUGGCUAACAAAGCGUGCAUAUGUAUACAUACAUACAGCAUAUAUGUAUAUAAUAUAUAUACAUAUAUAUCUGUACAGAUUUUUUUUUACCUUUAUUAAGUAAAUUAUAUUUGUGUGUCACAAUUUAAUAUUAACUGAAGUAGUUAGUUUAAUAUCGAUCCGCACAAUGCUUUUCAUGACCACUGAACUGUUGUAUUUAUAAACUUAUCAAUGUUUUGUAUUGGAAAAAUAAAACAUACAUAAUGAGUAAAUGCCAUGAGUAAUUGGUAUUUUAAUGACGACAGUGCAUAUGAUUAAGUGAAUUUGAAUAGCAAUUGUUUAAUAAAGAGCUGAUCGUGCAAACGAAUAUUCUCAAAAGGUACGAG